CAAGCGAGGUAUCACCUUAGAGGAUCCAACUCCUUCCACCCACCAGAACACCAUGGCUAUUCUCUGAACUUCCUCUCAUCUCUGAAAGCUACGACAUUUCCAAACCUUGGCUUGUAUUUACGAAGGAUUGUUGGAUCAGAGACCCAGUUGGUUUUUUGGAAACAAGUAUUCGUUUUGAGCUUGCAGUUGUCGAGAUAGGUCGUCGUUUGACGUAGAAAGAUGGUUUAUCACUCUAGUUUUGUGGACGAGGAAGGAAUUACUAAAGCUUGUGGGUGCCCUCUAUUGCCUUUGAAAAGCCAUAUAAAGGGUCCUGCUCCAGUUUCAGACCAAGAUAGGACUGAUAUUGUUGAUGAAGCAAUUACAUUCUUCCGCGCUAAUGUUUUCUUUAGAAACUUUGAUGUUAAGAGCUCGGCCGAUAAGCUGCUCAUUUAUCUGACAUUCUACAUUAAUGUGGCUUUGAAGAGACUUGAGGGUUGUAGAACUUUGGCUGAAGGAACCAAGGCCAUUAUUAAUUUGGGCCUGGAAAAAGUUCCUGUGCCUGGAGAGCCAAGCUUCCCUUUCCCAGGCCUGUUUCCUCUUCCUCAAUCCCCGCAGGAAGCAGAAUUGCUGAGGAAUUAUUUGAAGCAGAUAAGGGAGGAAGCAAGUGGGAGAUUAUUAAGUGUUGCUUAUAGACCUAACGGGACGCCUAAUAAGUGGUGGCUGGCAUUUGCCAAAAGGAAGUUUAUGAACAUCAUUCUUCCAUCAUGAUCAUGAAUAGCUGUAAACUGGAUUUUCCGAUCAGUAGUCUAGUGAUAUUGAGCCACCGGAAUAAUUUGCAAAUUGUUAAUCAUUCUGCACAUAAUAACAGAACAGCAUAAUACCAAGUCCAUCACCAUGGUUGCUUGUGUAUAAAAAAAUUCUAUCGUUCUUUACGAAAUAUGAAAUGAUCCCUCCUUUCUCCUCC